AUGGAUUCUGGCAACGGUGGCAUCAGCAGCAGCAAUAGCAGCUGCCACAAAAGCGAUCUGAAUCUAUUGGUGAAGAAUAUUGUAAAGAUUCUGCUCACCACCUCGAAGUACCUGCACUGCCCGUUUUGUGCCGACGAGUACCUGUUCGAGUUUACGCUGAAGCAUCAUCUGCUGAAAAACCACGAGCGCGACCUGGAGAAGAUUGUCCGCUCGCCGGACGCAAGCAUACGCUUUUGCGAGAGCAACAUCUGCCCGUACUGCGGUGCCCUGUUCUACUACAUCUCCGCCCUGCCGAAGCAUAUCAUGAACAGCCACAGCCGGGAGUGCCUAAUGAAGUGGCAAGCAAUCGAACAGGAAAACAGCCUGGUGCGAAAGCUGGCCAACGAUCCGAGCAUUCAGUGCGUGCCGUGUUCACCCGGGUUGAGCGAUUUUUUCGACGAGCUUACCACGGGCAGCAGCCGACAGUAUGCGGGUGGUCCUCCUAAUGCCGGUAGCAAAAACAUCAUCCAGCUAACUAAACCUUCUCCCUUGCUGAAAACGGCCCUUCGGAACGUGAACCGUAUUACGGCCGCACAGACAAAUGGCGGUAUCACCGCAGGUGGUAUCGAUGCUUCCGGUACGUCGGCCUGGUCCAGCUUCGGAUUCGAUAACUCCCAAGCGCCGCGGCGCAACCUCACCAACCAAUCCGUCCGUCGAGAGCUGCAUUUCGGUGACGAUCGUGGUCUAUCGUCCGGUGAUGGGGCUAGUGCUGGUUCACCGUCGCUCUGCAACCUUAUUGCCGGUAGCUGCUCACCCUCGCCCAGCAACGAAUCGAUCUCCUCGGUUCGCAAACCAAAGUUCCAACGGAAGCGGUUCAAUCUGCGCUCCAUUAAGCCAAAGCUAAACUUCCGCAAAUACGUGCUGUCGAAGUUUUCGAAGAAGUAUCACUGCAAGAUCGUUACCAGCACGCCAAACAAUUUCCUCGACGAUAGUAACGGUCGCGACUCGACACGCUUCCUGCACAAUCAGGAACGCUGGAACCGGAUUCACUUCGAAUGA